ACUGCAAUCCUCUGCUCAUGACGUCACCGAUCAAAGUGCUAAUCAAAGAUGCAUUGAUCUUCACGCACAAUGUUUUUGUUUGCUAAAGACUGACGCCUCCCGAUGGAUCUGACGGCACACAGAAUCCAACAAGGGGCCAAUCAGAGACUGCAGUUUGCGUCGUCUCUGUUGAUUGACAGUCCCUGCAGCCAAUGGGAGUGCUGCUAGGCCUCUGGCCGCGGAGCAGGGGGGCGGGUGCUGCGGCGUUCCGCAGCACAGCGGAAGAAAAUGGCGGCCGCGGCUGCAGAGCCCGGAGCGGCGGUUUCUGCGGUGGACUCGGAAGCUCCUUCAGAACCGGGCCCGGAUGGCCAGGGAUACGCUCAAGUCCCCUCCGGGCCCGACGCUUUGCAGGAAUCUGAAGCGGCUAGCUGGCGCGAAGAGAGCGGAGCAGACGGAGAGGCCCGCCAUGUCAGGCCGGAGCUCGAGCCUGCCAGUCCCAUCAGAGAAGCCGCGCUGGAGCGGCUCUGCCCCGGACUGCCGGGGGACCCAGAGGCCGGCGGCAAAUACCGCGGAACCCCGACGGACCCGCAGCUGUACGCCGUGUUUCUGCAUUCCUUCCCGGUGCCACCCUCUGUCACCGAGGCCGGCCUUUCUCUAGACGAACCGGCCGAACCCACCACAAAUGUGACGACGGACCGGGCCGAACCUGCAGACCGAGACCGGAGCUACACGGCUCUCAUCCAGGCCGAGCCCCGGCCUGAGCCGACGGAGGAGAUGACGAGCGGCCCGGAGCCUCAGCCUGCUGGGGGCCGCGGCCUCUCCGACCCCUCCCCACCCUGCUGGUCCCCGAAGAGGCGCCCUCCGCCGGACCUGGUGAAGCUGGAAGAGCCGCCUCGAGCAGACUCUCCAUCAGCCUCCACGCUGGCCUCUGUUCUGGACCUCAGUCCCGGUUCCGAGGUUCGGGUUUCUCUGGACCACGUCAUCGAUGACGCGCUGGUGGUGUCCUUCCGGCAGGGAGAGAAGGUGUUCUCGGGGGUUCUGAUGGACGUGUCUAAAAGGUUCGGGCCAUACGGCAUUCCCAUCACAGUGUUUCCCCGGCGGGACGACUGCAGCCGUGCUCCUGUCUUUCUGCCGCCAUCUCCCAACAACACAGACCCGCCUGCCAAACAGGAAGAAGCUCACGACACAACACCGCCCCCUCCCACUUCUCCUCACACUUUGACCUCCAAACCACCGCCGCUGUUCCAGGAGGGUGCACCUUACCCCCCGCCUUUGUUCAUCAGGGACACCUAUAACCAGGCUUUACCUCAGCCGCCGCCACGCAAGAUCAAAAAGCCAAAACGACGCUACCGCUGCGAGGAGCCCACCUCCAUCAUGAACGCCAUCAAGCUUCGUCCGCGUCAGGUCCUCUGUGAGAAAUGCAAAGGUGUGGUUGCAUCGGUGGGGCACAGGGAGGUGCGGCGAGGCGCGGUGGACCUGAGGAGUGACGAAGCGUUACGGAGAAAGCGAACAGCCAACGGGCCCAUCUCCUCCGAAGUGAAACGUCUGCAGAGCGACGACAAGAGAGCGCGCUCAGACAGGGGCUCGUCCUCAGGGAUACACACUGCAUCCUCAUCUUCCUCCCACCGUGUCUUAAGGGGAGCGGCAUCUUCCUCCUCUUCCUCCUCCUCCUCCUCCACUUCUGUUUCUUCGAGCCGCAUGCGACUGAAGCUGAACAGUAGCAAAGUUCUGGCAAAAGGUUCCGUUAUGGAGUGCUCCAAGGCUCGGCAGGUUCUUCAGAAGCUGGCGAGGAGCUCCCAGCCGGCGCCACAUCGACGGCCCAAAGACCAAGACCAGAGUCCGGACCAGAGCCGCAGCAAAGCUGUGACUCGAGCCGCUGCCCUGCAGAAUCACAACCAAAAGGUCCACUUCACCCGGCGCCUGCAGCGCCUGAGCGGAGCCGGCUCCAGCGGCCACACGGCGCUGCCCCCCAGAAUGCGCCUAAAGCCACAAAGGUAUCGUACCGACGAAGGCUCGGCGUCCUGCUCCUCCUCUCUGUCGCCUCAGAACACUCGUUCCUCGCCACCCAAACUGGCCUCAAACCCCACCCUCACACAGAAUGCCACACCUCCUACCCUGACAGCUGCUCCCCCGACCCCUCCUCCACCCUCGGAGGUGCAAGGAGCCGGAGGAGCAGCGGAUGGGAAGGCUGUGGAGGCUCCUCCCCCUUCCUCUUCCUCUUUAGACUCCUCUCCUUUAGAGGGCUUCCCGACAGAACCCGUGGACACCCCCCUUCCAGGGACUCCACCAUUACCCUCCUCUCCACCCACCCCGACACAUGACCCGUUCCCUGGCCCGUUUGUGCCCCGUGACCCUGCAGCGCCCCCUCCUGUUCCCCCUGUUAAGGCAGAAGGUGAGGAGGAGGAGGAGCAGGAGGAGAGUGGUGACCUCAAAAGGCGUCAUAAGUCGCCCACACAGCCCCCGCCUCCAUCUUCGUUUUUUUCCAAGUCUGUGUCCAAGUGUGUGCUGCCCGACGGCAGAACCGUGUGCGUCGGCGACAUCGUGUGGGCCAAGAUCUACGGCUUUCCGUGGUGGCCGGCGCGCGUUCUCGGCAUCACGGUGUCCCGGCGCGGCGACACGGGCAUGGCGGUCCGGCAGGAGGCAAGGGUGUCGUGGUUUGGCUCGCCCACCACCUCCUUCCUGCCCAUCACCCAGCUCUCCCCUUUCCUGGAGACCUUCCAGUCCCGCUUUGACAGGAAGAGGAAGGGGCCGUACCGCCGUGCCAUCGCCGAGGCCGCCAGCGCUGCCAAGCAGCUGACGCCCGAGGUACGCGCGCUGCUAACACAGUUCGAGACGUAGCAUUAGCUGUGCCCGGCUCCCACCCAUCUCCACCAAAUCGAUGCCCCGCCCCUUCUGCCCUCAGUGGGAGGAGCUGAUUUUAGACUGAUAAUUGUGAGUCAGUAUUCAAGAGUGAAGGCGAAGCUUCUGGUCGCAGCAUUUCCGCUCGGCUAGGCGCUGCCUUUCCUCGGUCCUCAAAGCAAAUCUUCACGGGUGUUGGACCAACCUUCAGGUCCGCGUGUGUUGUAGACCCGAUCAGAGGACGGAGUUCUGCCCUCUACGGCCCGGUUAGCAGCGUGAAUGCUGGGAAACCCCGCCGUGUUCCGGUUCUGUUGGGCUUUCGGAGGAGCCACUGAAACUUUUGUUCUGUUGAAGCACAAAAGGACCGACUGUGAAACGUAGUGCUGUGGUCCAGAACCGGCUCACGAAGGCCUGCGCGCCUGGACCCAGUCAGACCGUCUCUUAAAUCCCAGACUUCUCAAUUCUCUGAUCAGAUUUUGUACUUGUAGGUUUUUAGUUUUCCCUUUUUGGUCGUUUAAACCAGACUCAACAUCCUCAGAUGUUUUGUGAAGACAGUGCAGCCAAAGUCUAGGUCUUUGGUUAGAGAGCCCCGCCCCCCGGUCUCUGGACAGGUAGGACACUGACUGCUGCACAGGUCAGCUGUGACUGUGAUGCUGACGCUGCAUUUGACCUUUGCUGUGUGUUCUUGGAGCUGUUGGACUCUUUUUACCAUCUGUUUGCAGAUCAGAGAGUCUGAAAGAGUGUACAUGUUUUUCUCCUGUUUCAAAUCUGUUAAUAAACUAUCAAACUGUUCUUUCGUCA